GGAGAUUGAUCAAGUGUGAUGGUUAUUAUUGAGGUGGUGGUACUACAGAGUCACUUAAAGAACCCGCCCAUUUCAGCAUGGCAGCUCCAGCUUCUAGAUCUUUUGGGCAGUGCCAAGCAGGAACCUUUUGUCCUACUGGUUCAUACCUUCCUAUUCCCUGCCCACCAGGUUUGUACUGUGCAACUGCAGAGCUUGCAGCUCCAUCAGGUCCCUGUGAGGCUGGCUUCUACUGCACAGGGGGCUCCACGCUCCCAAACCCUAUGGGUGGUGCAGUGGGGAACAUCUGUCCUCGAGGUCACUUCUGUCCUGCAGGAAGUUCCUCUCCAUCUCCGUGUCCCCCAGGCUCCUUCCUGGCUUAUCGCGGUGGUCAGACAGCACAGGAUUGCCAGGCCUGUUUCCCAGGGUGGUUCUGUUCUCAGCACGGUCAGAGCUCCCCAGAGGGCUUGUGUAAAGAGGGAUGGUUUUGCCCAGAGGGCUCUGUAUCUGCUCAGCACUCAGACUAUCUCUGUCCAGUGGGUCACUAUUGCCCCUCUGGCAGCCCUGAGCCCAUACCAUGUCCCUCUGGGAAAUAUCAGGACCAGGCUGGUAAAAGCCAGUGUGAAACAUGCCCAGCAGGAAUGUUCUGUGCCCUAAAGGACCACCCAGACAAUCUUCAAGAGAACUCCCAUGGGAUAAUCAAACCAACAGACUGUCCAGCAGGAUAUUACUGCCUCUCAGGCACAAAAGCUGGCAAUCAGUAUCCGUGCCCAGUGGGGACCUACAGUAACGAAACUGGACUAAGAAAUCAGAGAGACUGCAGACCUUGUCCUGGAGGCAUGUUUUGUGCCAGUGCAGGACUCGUGUCCCCAAGUAGUACUUGUUUGCCUGGGUAUUACUGCACUUCAAAGGCACGUAUACCAAGCCCAGUCAGUGAUGAGACUGGGGGCCUUUGUCCACCAGGCCAUUACUGCCCACCAGGCAGCAGCAAGCCAGAGCCAUGUCCCACUGGCACAUUUUUGCCUCUGUCUGGAAUGGUUUACCAUAACGCCUGUCUGCCCUGCCCUGGGGGGAGGUUCUGCCGAGGAGAGGGCCUGACCAGUGUUUCAGGAUUGUGUUAUGUAGGCUAUUUCUGUGAUGCUGGGUCCACACAGCCGGACCAUAAGCAGUGCCCACCUGGCUCCUACUGUCCUGAAGGCUCUGAAUCCCCAGUCCCUUGCAGCCCUGGGCACUUCAACUCUGACAGUGGAAAAUGGCAGUCAAGAGACUGCCUGCUCUGCCCUGCUGGGUAUUUCUGUAGUGGUUCUGGAGCACGUACUCCUGAGCUGUGCCCUGCUGGGUACUUCUGUCUGCCAGGUACCAACUUCAGUGCACAGUAUCCGUGUCCGAAGGGAACCUUUGGCCCCAGGGCUGGUGCCACUAGUAGCUCUGACUGCGAGCCCUGCCCAGCAGGCAUGUAUUGCUCAGCACCAGGUCUUUCCCAGCCUUCUGGAUUGUGCUACUCGGGUUAUCACUGUGCCAGUGGAGCCACCAGCCCAGCACCCUUCAAACACAGGGUGGAAUCUUCUGGCCUUGGUGUGCCUACUAAUGACAUCUGUCCCGUCGGGCAUUUCUGCCCCACUGGUACAGGGUAUCCCCUGCCCUGUCCUCCUGGAUCCUUCUCUGCUGUCAUGGGCCUGGAGGCAGAAGAGCAGUGCCAGCCCUGCCCAGCAGGACGGUAUUGCAGUGGGGCAGGAUUGUUUGAUCUGGCUCAGACGUUGCUGUGUAACGCAGGGUAUGUUUGCCUGGAGGGAAGCUCUUCUCCCUGCCCUUUGGAUGGGAUUCAUGGAUACAGAUGUCCCAGUGGCUUCUACUGUCCUGCUGGCACUGGGGUAGAGCUGCCCUGUGAGCCUGGCAUGUUCAGCCCUAUGCCUGGGGCGAGUGUCUGCCUCCCCUGCCCAGCUGGUAUGGCCUGCAGCAGUGCUGCCACUGUGGAGCCACUCAGCUGCCCCAGAGGUUACUAUUGUCCAGCAGGGACUGCUGCUCCCCUGCCCUGCCCUGAGGGGACGCUGAACGCCUUGGAGGGGGCCCUGGCCCUCACUGCCUGUAAGCUGUGUCCUGUGGGAAGGUACUGCAGAGGAGACGCUAACUGGGAACCUGAUGGUCUGUGUUCAGCUGGGUACUACUGUGAGGGGGGAGCCACUGAUGCUGUUCCACACGGGACGCCUGGGUUCCCCCUCAGCGGGCCCUGCCCGCUUGGGCACUAUUGUCCAGAGGGAACUCCCUUCCCAGUCACCUGCCCGCUUGGGACCCUGAACAACGGCACAGGUGGUACCUCUCCAGAGAGCUGUGUGCCAUGCUAUCCUGGGUCUUUCUGUGCUAGCCUUGGUUUAAGCUCUCCAACAGGACCUUGUACUGAGGGGUUUUAUUGCCCAGCAAACUUCAGCUCUUUCAGCCCCACAGCAUUCCUUUGCCCUAAGGGUCACUUCUGCCAGUCAGGGGCAGCCCACCCCACACCGUGCCCUCCUGGGGAAUACCAGCCAGCCAGGGGCUCUGCAUCCUGCAUUCCAUGCCAGAGAGGAUUCUACUGCCAGGACCUGGUGGCAGGAGACCCCAGGCGCUGCCCACCACAUUCUUACUGUCCCACAGGCACACGGUUUCCUCAGACCUGUCCUGAAGGCACCUUUACUCCUCCAAAUAUGACUGGCCUCUGGAAUGAGAAGGAAUGCCUGCCUUGCUUACCUGGCCACUACUGCAGGCAUGGGCAGCUGGAGGGCAAGUGUGCUGCUGGCUAUUUCUGCCUUGCUGGGAGCUCACAGUCUGCUCCACAGGACCCUGGCUUUUCCUGGCGCUUUCUGUCUGGAUGCCGCUGGGGUCAGGUUUGUGCUGGGCUGUGUCCUGCAGGUUUCUAUUGCCUGGAGGGCUCUGAGGUGCCCAUACCGUGUCCUUCCAAUACUAUUAGAGAUAUUCCAGGGGCUGGGCGGAGAGAAGACUGCCUGCCCUGUCCACCCGGCCACUGGUGCAAAGCAGGGGAUUCAGAGGCUUAUCCAUGUCCCUCAGGACACUAUUGCCUCGGAGGUAACGUCAGUGACCAAAGCAAUCUCCUGGAACCUCAGAAAUGCCCUCCGCACACUUACCGCAAACACCCUGGAGCUCAGAGUGUGACAGAUUGCCAGCCGUGUCCUCCAGGCUAUCACUGCCCUUUAUCAGGUCUAACCAGGUUUGAGGAUUAUCCGUGCCCCCUGGGAUACUGGUGCACUGGUAAAGGGGACGCUUUCCUUUGUCCACCUGGUACUUCCAGGAGCCAGCCGGGUGCAAAAUCACUGGAAGAGUGUGGUCCCUGCUCACCUGGAUACUACUGCCCAGACCCAGCGCACACAGGGCUACCUAACAGCCAAGGAGUACCUUGUAAACCUGGCUUUGAAUGCCCAGCAGGUUCAGUGAAUCCAAAGCCUUGCAGACCUGGCUCAUACUGUGGUGCUCACACAGCCAUACCUUCCGUGUGCCCUGCUGGGUAUUACUGUCCUGAAGGCUCGUCAACAUACAAUAGCCCUGAGCAGCUGUGUGUGUUUCCCUACUACUGCCCCCCAGGCAGUGCCCAUCCACUGCCCUGUGAAGGAGGAUUCAUGGCCCUCAGCUUGCCCGGUCCAAGGGAUUCAUUUGAGAAAUUCUGCAGAAUCUGUGACGCAGGCAGCUAUCGUAACGUCUCUGCCAGCGCUGCCCCCUGUCAGCCCUGCCCAGCAGGCUUCAUCUGCCCACAAGGCAGUGAGAGUUACCACGAGAAGCCUUGUCCCAGUGGCUACUACUGCCCUCCCCUGGCAUCUGCCCCUCUUCCCUGUCCCCCAGGGACCCAUGGGAGCAGCAACUUUGCAAAGCACAUAGAGGAUUGUCAGGCCUGUCCUGCUGGCACCUUCAACCACCUUCCUGCACAGGCUGCCUGUUUUCCCUGCGGCAGCUCUUCUUCGUCGCAGCCUGGUGCUACCAGCUGUACCUGCCAUGGGCUGAACCGGGCUUUCCAGCAGUCAGAUGCCUCCUGUAUCUGCCAGGCAGGUUAUGUGUACUACGACGAGCGAGGCAAGGAAAACCCAGACAGCAACAGUGAUCAAGACUGCCUACCUCAGGUGGAUGAGCUCUGUGCUCCUGGAGAGGUUCGUCUGGCAUCUACACGGCAGUGCGUUUUUCCCGAGCAAUAUGACUGCUCUCCAUCUUGUGGGCCUGCAGGUGGAGAGAUUAAUGCAGAGCUGGGCAUAUGUCACUGCAAGCAGUAUGUCUCAGCUGAGGAGCUCUGUGACCAGUUGUGUUUGCUGAAAGCCCCACGGAUCUCCUUGAGAUUUGGCAUCAAGAGAGAGCUGCUUCUGAGGAUGAGUGAAGGAGAAGUCAGGGAGGUGGCAAAUGUUCUGGGCCCAGACGACCAUGUGCAGAAGAGCCAGCGGGUGCAUUUGGUUCUGUUUAGUCCCGGUGGAGUGCUAGGUUUUAUUGUCUCCAGCACAGAUGUUUUGGAUGCAUUUCUCACAGGAGAUUUUUCAUCAGAUCAGGUGCUACAGAAAGGUCAUCAAGUGCAAAGGACUUUCUUCAAAGAUACCCAUGCUUUGCCCCUUGUCCCUAACCCACUGGUAUGUCUGGAAGCAGGAGACACAAUCCUUUUCCAGCUUAGCAUCGAUUCUCACAAUCGCACAUCCAGCCAUUACCCAGUUUAUCAGAAGCAGCAUCUUUACAACAGCAACCCCAGGUGGGAUUUUGGACCCUUCCGAAGGCUAGACCACCUCGUCCAGGAGACUCACCUCAACAUCUCCUGGUUUGCCCAUGUUUUCCUGGAGUCUGGGACAUAUGUUUUCAGGGAUAGGACCAUUCAGGAACACUUCUUGAUUGUGACUGUAAAUGAAGCAAAUGUGGGCUGCAGCCCCAGAAAUGUGUCCUUCCAGCCCUCUUCUCUGAUCCAGCUGGCCAGACAUGGGGUUCUGAAGCACCAGGAACUGAACUUAGCUCCUAACUGGGCUGCUAUCACAGCGGUGCUCUUUGUUCUGGGCUUCUUAAUUGUGGUGCUGACAACUCUGGCUAUUGUGCUACAGCCCACUGUCCCCAUCCUUAACCCCCUGAAGAGCUGGAAGCCACGGUGGAGGAGCCUGGGUGAGCCACACAUCUCCCCAGAGUAUGUCCUUCUUAAAGACAGCCUGCAGUACUAUCAGACACUUGGCCCUCGUGGUUCUGGAGAAGAUGCUGACUUUGAAGAGAAAGGAGCUGCACAUAAGGAAGAAGAGUGUUUUGCAGUGAGAGAUCUGGAGGAUUUCAGUGUUCGCACCCUGUAUGAUAAGCUGGAGGAUCAGAAUUUACACCUGGCGUCUCAGCUGGCAAAACACAGGAUGGAUGUGCUGGUGUUUUACAACGGAAUCAGCCAGCAGAUUCAAGGUCUCAUGGACAUAGUGCAAGCACUGGACUCUGGAGGCCGGAAAAUCUUUGCCAAGCAAAGGAUUUGUGGGCAUAAACCUGCAGAGAGCAGCUGGGCAGCAGUGAGCGUUGAACCAUGUGAUGAGCACUGUAGCAGCAACUUCCAAGCAGUAGGGCACACAGGUGCACCGUGGCAAGAGGCAACAGAGUUAAUGAAAGCUCUGGAAAUCCUGCUUAGGAGAGCUCAGCGCAAGAAUAUCUCUGUGAAACAAGAGAUGGAGCAGCAGGUCCAAGGACAGGAUGCGCUGGCAGUUGUACCCUCACUGGGCAGCCUCGCCAGUGAAAGUAAAGCAGAAGUAGGGGAAGGGCAGGAUCUUGAGCUGCUUCAGCAAUGUGAGCUUUUCCGUAGAAAAGGUGCUCUUUUCAGCUUCCCUGGACAUGACGAACAUGAUCCCCAGCUGGCUUACCUGACUGAGCUGGAGGUGGAAGGCCUGAUAGCAGCUUCUCCCCUUGCCACGACUCUGUGUGAGAUCAAGCAAGCUUUGGUGAAGCUGCAACAACCUUUAGACCUUCGUAAUCCAGAGAAAUGUUUAAGUGACAGUUCCUCAGAAGAUAUGAGGAGUGCCCUCAUCCCCACAGACUUGGCUAGUUUGUCACCUCAUCAGUUUGUGGUGUAUCGCUUUGGCUGUGCAGUGGUGCGCCUGUUAAUCGGGGCCUGCUCAUGCCCUGCUUUCAUACUUGCACUGGCUCACUCAGUUCCUGCCCGAAGUCCAGGCCAAGAGCUUCUCCCAAGCCCUGGGGACUGCUACUAUGACGCCACCACGAAGUACCUCUAUGUACGGGCAGUGAGGCUGGAAGAUGCAGGGGAAUUUACUGCUAUCCUGCUGAACGCUGUGGCAUGGAUCACAGCAGGUUGUCCCUCAACUGGUAUCGGUCAUUCCUGCUUUCUGAUGGAGCUCAACAGAGCUAUCAUGGCUCUUGCCAAUGCCUUUUUCCAGCAUUCAUGGGGGAUAGCAGAGAAGGAUUCUUCAGGAGGUUGCUUAGCUGUUCCUUUUGACCCUCAGACAGUGCUCAAAGAAAUUGUCAGCAUCAGAGUAUCACCACUCCCAUGUGUCAAGGAAAAAGCCCCAGAAAAGAGGGUGUCUAGUCUGGAAAAGUACCAGGCCCUUAAGCUGCAAGUGGAGACCCAGGACAGGAUGGAAAGUUCUCAGAAAAAUGACUACAACUGGAUGUUAGAUUCCUCUGCUGUUAAGCUGAAGGUUGUGAAACUGGAGGAGAGGCUGGAUGAGCUAAAUGAGGAGUUUUUUGAACUGACAGUACGGGCCUUGAGCAUGCAGGAAGACUGGGAAUCGUUGGAGGAGGAGCUGAGAAUGCAGGAAGAGUCAUUUAUGACUGCAAGCAACAAACAAGCGUGGGGAGCUCAGCAAUAUUCAGAGCUGUUGGAUUCUUGGGCCACAAAGAGGGAUGAAGCCCUGCUGCUGGAAAUAAGGAAGAACUGCGUUGCUCAGAGAAUUGAAGAGAUGGAAGCAGAACUGUUUUAUCUUCAGCAAAGUAAACUAGGCACCAGCCCAUUUCCUUGAGGAACUUAGCUCAUAAGGCAAUAGCUAAAGGCAGAUUAUGGGAGCAUGUUUGAAUCUGUGGACAGAGUGCUUUAUCAGAAGUAUCGUGAUAGAUACAUACGUAGUUAGAGAUGCACUCGGUCAAAUAUGUCAUGGAUAAUCCAUAUUCUGUUUUCUUUAAUUGGUUGAAGUACAUUCACACUUACCCUCAGUCAUCAAUAAUUUUCUGGGCUUGAGAGGAAAGCUGAAGUUCUUAACGUUGUUUACUAAUUUCAGAGUUUUCAUUGCUAAGUCAGUAAAGCAGAAAAGAUGUGAGGCCUUGGGUCACCCCCUCUUACCAGUGCAUUCUGUACUGCCUUUUCACCUCUGAUAUCAAGGAUAGUUGUGAGGAUCUUUUAGGUACAGUUCAGACCAAUACUUCAAAGCCUUGCCCAGCAUUUCUACGCUGCCUGUGCAUGUUUUCAAUAGAAUCGUAUUGAUCAGUAAGAUCUGCUGGCAGAGACCUUGAAGGCCUUUAGAGGUGUGAUGUUUGGGCAAAGAGUACACUUAAAUAUUUCCCUGUAGUAGAGAGUGCAGCAAUCUGUGUGUCUGCUGGUGUCCAAUGCUCUGUGAGCUUGAUCUUUAAAUAGAAUAUAUCUUUUCUACCAUUUAUAUUCUUUUAGUCUGUCUUUAUGAUGCCAGGAGAGCCUGGCUGCAAAAUGGGCUUUGUUUCUGAGGAGCAAGAUUGGACUCAGCACACCUGCUGUCUCUUUCUGCACAGUAUUCCUUAGCUCCAGGUGAAGUAGCAUAACAUAAACUUGCUCGUCUGUGAGCCAGCACAAUGCCUUGGCAAACCACACUGGUAGGCUUCAGCCAACUGUUUUCAACAGCAAAGUCUGUUCUUUUUUCAUUUCAGUGUUUACUGAAUUGCUUAUGUGUGAAGAGGUUUGUGAACCCACUCCUUCCUGGUUCCUAAACACAAACCUGUGCUUACUCAUUCUGCCUUUGCAUAACUGUAGAGGGUAUUAAGAGGGUGAGACUUAAGUGCCUGGAAGCCAAGACAGAAGCUGUCAGCUUCAGUUCCAUAAACUGGUGUCUCUCCUCGAUCGAGAGGAACUGCCUGUUUUUUGCCCUUACCUACUCACUUUGGUGGUUCCACAUUUUCUGAGCUUGCUCCCAGAAGCAAAAGCUCUGUUGUAGUUCCUUUGCACCUUGGGAGAAUUUAGUUAUUUGCUGACACUUUGAAGGGACUUUCAGAAAAUGAGAGGAUUUUAGGAAGCAAAAUGUACCUACAGGCAACCACUACAAAACACCGUGAUUGCCUUCUUCUGGGAUAUAGUAAUGAAAAGGCUGUCAUUGCUCUCCUAAUUGCUUU